AUGAGUGGGAUAGGAAUGGAGACUGUCGCCGCUAGGCUAGCAAGCUUCUAUGCCUCAAAUCAGCCGGCACAAGACGGUGGAUUAUCGGACGCAAAGAUUACAGAAUACGUCAGUUGGCCUCAUGAAAGGCCGGUACCUGAAGAUCUUGCCCAAGCCGGAUUCUACUUCAAACCAACGGCUCUUAGCCCGGACAAUACCGCUUGUUUUCUCUGUGAAAGAGCACUCGACGGUUGGGAAGAGGAUGACGAUCCAAUUACAGAACAUCUGAAACACUCGAGUGAAUGUGGGUGGGCUGUUAUAAUGAAUAUUGUGCGGCAAUCCUCCAAUCCGGCAGAAAUAGAAGAUCCCACCAGCGCGAGAAUCGUGGAGGCAAGGAGAGCCACUUUUGCGUCGCUAUGGCCCCACGAGGGUAAAAGAGGUUGGAUCUGCAAAACAGAAAAGCUCGUUGAAGCGGGCUGGUAUUUCUGUGCCCACGAAGAGAGUGACGAUUUCGUAAGCUGCGCUUACUGUAAGCUAUCGUUAGAUGGCUGGGAACCCAAGGAUGAUCCUUUCGAGGAACAUUACCGCAGGUCUUCAGACUGCUCCUUUUUUCAUUUUGCGUCAAAGAAACCUGCCAAGGCGACCCGCGGGAAAAAGUCACGAAUAUCAAAGUCCUCGCGCCUAUCUGCACAGUCUGUCGCCACAACAGUAUCAGAAGCGCCCACCGUAGAUUUGGAUGAUGAAAUCGAUCAAAGUGCACUCUCUCAAUCAACUACAAAAGCUCCAAAGGCGGCAAGGAAGCCAACGAAAUCGAAAGGAAGGAAAACUAAAUCUAAAAAGGGAGAUGCAGUUGAGACAAGCAGCCAAGCAGAUAUGGAGAGUAACAAUGGUGAUGCCGCAGAGUUAUCUCAGCCAAAGAGGACCACGAGGGGGAAGAAAAGGGACAGCGAUGCCAUGAACGAAGCCGACGAACUUCAGAGUGAAAAGAAUUAUACGUCUUCAGAGCCCUCUACCAAAAGAAGGACUACAAGAUCAGAAAGCACCACCGCAAACCGUCCUGCCAGUACAACCAUCGACCGAACCAAUUUGGUGGCACCGGAUGAGCAGCCCGCUAUUAUGGAGGAAAAACAACCAAGGGCACGGAAACCAAAGCGAGUCUCUUCGACAGCUCGAAAACCAUCUGUUGUUUCUAACGCAUCCCUGAAACCCAAAAUUCCCGAUGACUCUGAGAUUGACUCUCAAUUAGAAGCGGGUCUAUCCGCAGAUAUUGAGGUUGAGGGAAAAUUGGCAUCGGAACAUGAGCAAAUAGUUGAGAACACAGAGGAAGGACGGCGCAUUUCAACCUCAUCGGCCGCAUCGACCCGACCAUCAAGACCAGCAGUUAUUGAAACUAGUGAUCUCGAGGAAGAGGUCCAUAUCAAAAUCCAAAAAGGCCAGCGGAAGAAGAACGGGGUUAAAAAGAAGCCCGCUUCCAAGAAAAUUUCACGCGUUCGUGCUGAACAAGCUCCUGUCAGUACAGCAACCGAUGAAGUUGCGAAUGCUAAUUAUGAACCUCCCCCAAUCGACACAUUACAAUCCACUUCGAAAGGGACGAUCGGAUCUGAUUUGGUGAUGGAAGAUGCAGUUGUUAAUGAUCGAGAGGAUGAGAGCCAUAGAGAUCCCCAGCCAAAUAACGUUCCUAAAAAGGUUGGGCGGCCAAAAGGCUCAGUCGCUAAUUCAAAGAAGUCAAAGAAGAAACCACAAGGCAACGAACCUGCAGUGACUGAAGAGUCUGUUUAUAUGCCUUCUGAUCUCCACGAAUCUCCCACGCCAACCAAAUCAAGAGUGGACCCACACGUAGAUCAGGAGAACCGAAAAACAACCACUAUACCACGGAAGGUCGCUUUUGAAGCUUCUGGGAAUCAAGCUGCCUCUUCCAUAGGGAAUGGUGCUCAGCAGGGGGUGAACAGCCCAAGAAUGUUUGAACUCCCAUCUGAAAGGAUAGAACGCGCUUCCAACAACCCGACCCCCCCAACUGCACCUGUGCAUGGGUCUACGCCAUCGCCAUCCCCACAAUCGUCAGAUGCAGAGAACCGUCCACCUUCAAGCCGACCAUCUACCAACCGACCCACUUCGUCAGUUUUCAAGCCGCAGAUAGCGUUUAUGCCACUUGCAACUAGUACACCCAAUAAUUCGCCAUCGAAGAUACAUUCCCGGUCAGGACAGCUCAUUACCUCCUGUCCAUGGAACCCUGUGGACCCAGAAGAAAUUUUCUUAUCGGAUUCAAUGAACAAAGAGAAUGCAAAUAUCAAUGAUUUGCUUCACCCUGUUAAAGGCGAUUUGACAAGCCCGGAGAAAAAGAUGACCGUGGAAGAAUGGAUCAUGUGGAACGCGAAGAACGGGGAAACAAAGCUUCGCAGUGAGUGUGAACGAUUAGUUGGUAUAUUUGAAAGGGAGGGCGGAAAGGCCAUGAUGGCUCUUGAAGGGAUUGAGUGUGCUGAUUAA